AUGAUGAUAACUAUAAUUCCGGAUACAGAUCUAAAGGGUGUUAUAAGUGCGGAGAGUCUGGUCAUAUAUCGCGUAAUUGCCCUGAUAAUGGAAAUGGUGGUGGAGUUUUAAGUGUGGAAGAACCGGACAUUUUGCCAAAGAUUGCGAUGACAACAAUGAAAAUGAUUACGGUUCAUCGCGAAGUAACAACUCUGGUACCGAAUGUUAUAAGGCAUUGUGGAAAGAUCGGGCAUAUUUCUCGUAAUUGUCGAACAGGCGGCGGAAAAGGGUAUUACAAUAAUUAUAAUUCCGGUGGUGGUGGUAAUAGCAAGACAUGCUUUAGCUGUGGUGAAUAUGGUCAUUAUCAACGAGAUUGCGAUAAGGAACAAAAAUGUUAUAACUGUGGACGUUCUGGUCACCAAAGCAGAGAUUGUGAUUAUCCGCGAGGUUCUAAAGUCUGCUAUAAAUGUCAAAAGGAAGGGCACAUUCAAAAGGAUUGCCCCCUGUCCGACUACGACGCGUAA